AUGGCGGUGCGACGCAGGGAGGAGUACGGGGCGGCGCUGGCCGUCUUAUUUGAAUGUACGGGCGAAAUGCCCGUAGGAUUGUGCCGCAUUCCUGACUACAGGCACCACAAGAAUUACGCACAAGGAAAGACGGGGCUGGUUAGCUGCUUUGUGAGCCACUGUGUUACGGACAACAAGCGAGAGCAUUAUGUUGGCAAGUUGCACAAAUUUGUCUCCGUGGACAUUUAUGGAGGAUGCAGAUCUCAACACAAGGAGUGCAGGCGUAUCCGAGGCAUUAAGUUCCAGCCUGCCAAGGACACCUGCAUGAUUGACAUGAUAAGCCACUACAAGUUCUACCUAGCCUUCGAGAACAGCAACUGCAGGGAAUACAUAACGGAGAAGUUCUGGGAACGCCCGCUGCAG